UGAUUUAUAUAAAAUUAUUGAAACUUAUGGAAGAACGCUCGAUCUGACCAGGUAACGUGAAUCUAGAAGACUCUGAGGAAUGUAGCUCAAUUCCUGACGAAACUAGUGACUUGAAUGAACUAGAAACCUACUUUUGAGAUUAUAUGGGUUAUGAAAACAACUCUCCAAAUGAAGAGAACAAACACUUUUAGAGCUUAUAAUAACUAUAUGCAGAGAAAACUUGCUCAUGAUUCUUCAGGGAGUUUACUUACUGAUAGAAGUUUGGCUACCGAUGAGGAGGAGACUCCAGGAGUCACAAAUGGGUUUGGCAUUGAAAUGGAGAAAAGUAUGGCCAAAGAUGCAGAUGAAGAUUAUAUAGUAGCUCCAAACUAUGAAACUCCUCGUGCUCCUAUAACUCCAUCUCCUAUGAAUAAAUUAAUUCUAACAAAAUCAAGAAACAAAGAAUGUGAUAAAUCUGAUUCUCAAAAUUACAAAAACGAACAUUAUGGUAGUUUAGACCAGAGUGGAGGCAUUAAUAACUUAAAACCAAAGGGAAGAAGUACAUAUUUUACAACAAAGAACACCAAAAGGAGCCAUGAAUCAUCAAAUCUCAAGCGUAAACCCAGCUUAAAUCACCUCUUCAAGCAAAGACUAUCCUUCAACUUCAGCCCUCUCAGCUACAAAAUUCUUCAGACCAAAUAAAAAGCCUAAGAAACGUACUCAUAAACCGACCCUGAUCCUUCCUAAACCAAAAGCUGUGAGGAAGUACCAGAGUAGAACAGAUAGGAGUAAUAGAGGGAAGUUUUAGAGGUUGUGCUGGGAGAUAUGAUGGAACAGAUCAGAGCCAAAAUAAAAAGGAUCAGUCAGAGAAAUCAAUCGAAGAAAGCAAACAUCCAUCUGUGCAUCGAAAACUUGAGACCAAAUUAAGCAACUCUAAAAGUACUAGUCAAAGGAGGAAGAUCACGAACUGAGUCAGCCAAAGGCUAUACCAACAUGCUAGCGAAAGCAGGGAAAGGCUCAAACUGGUCAGGGAGAAGAAACUGCAAGCUGAGAUAGAGUACUUAGCCAAGAAUAUGGUUGGCUCUUCCUCAAAGAAGAGCAUGUCAAAUUCCAGUUACAGAAGUAGCAAUUCUUCAAGAAGUCAAGAGAAUGUGUUUAAGCGACUAGAGAAAGACAGAAUUUACCGAACAGAGAGAGUUUUGUAUGACGAGGAUUCAUAUACAAAUAAAUUUCAUCAGAAAAAGAGGGCUAAAAGGAGGUGCAAAUAGAAAUAAGCCUGUUGCUAGUUAUAAAACUGAUACACUUAUUGACAUACAAAUACAUAACAAAAUGAGGAGCAAUGAUUAUUCUCCAAGGAUAAAGCAGCCGUCAAAACCUUAUUAUUGGCAAGCUUCAAGCCGGAAUACAAAGUCCAGAAUAGAGGCCAGUUAUGGUACAAUGGAGUCGUUAAUCUCUCUGAGCUCUGCAACAAAGAGAAUUUAGGAUAGUCUAAGAUUUAUGUUUCCAUAUUGAAUUCAAUUUUA